AUACUAAAUUACAGCAAAUGGUGGUGUAAUUAUACAUUAAAAAAAAAAGGAAAAGAAAUUGUCGUUUACAUUUGCAUGUUGUCAAUAUCCAAGAGUCAGUCAAAUCUAAUAGGUCCACAAUCCUCAGUCAGCCGUUUUGGAAACUGCGGCCUCUUCUUGCUCUGCUAUAUUUUAAAUUAAACCAACAACUACUACUACUACCACCAUAUCACCCUCCAGAGUUCAAAACAGCUGAAAUUUUCAGCAGAUAAACUCCAUAAUUGUUCACAAUCAAGAUCGAUAACUCAAGGGAGGUUCAUCAAAUGGAAAUCCAUGAAAUCCCAACAACAACUACGCCCCGCAAAGCCAUGCCAAGUCUCAUUCAUUCAUCAAAAACCAAUGAUGCAAAUCAGUUCUCUCCUCCAACAAUUUCAACCACGAUGCAGGACGUAAUCGUAAAUGCAGAUACCAUCAUCAGUAAAUGGGAUCCCAGCAGACCUUCCUUGGAGAAAUUCACAUCACUCUUCCAAGAAAACCGAGAAGAGGCCGAGGUAUUUGUCAAGUGCGUUGGGGACUUGCGCAGAGUGAUGCAUUUCUUGGUUUCACAGCAUGCAGGGUCCAGUCAGCUGGUGCUGGCGAACAAGCUGAUGAAAAUUGCGAUGCAACGGCUUGAGAAGGAGUUGUAUCAUAUCUUGUCGACAAGAAGGGAGUGCUUAAAUCCUGAAUCAGUUUCCGGGGGAUCCUCCUUGUUGUUGAGUAACUCAGAUGAGGAAGAAGAUGAUGAUCAUGUUGGCUCAGAUGGUGUGUCGGAUGUGGAACGAGCUUUGUUGGACCUGAAGCUGAUUGCUGGAAGCAUGAUCAGUUUUGGGUACAGCAAGGAGUGCAGCAAGAUAUACAGAAUCACCAGGAAAUCGAUCGUCGAUGAAGAACUCUACCGUCUUGGAAUCAGAGGCUACACUGUGUCGCAGAUCAGCCGGAUGGAUCAGGAUGCUCUGGAGCAUCAAGUCAGGAAGUGGGUCAACACAGCAAAGGUUGCAGUGAGAACACUCUUCCGUGGCGAGAGACUGCUAUGCGAUCACGUAUUUGCUGUCUCUGAGACAAUUAAACAAACAUGUAUCGCUCAUACAACAAUGGAAGGAGCCAUCAACCUGUUCAGAUUCCCCGAAACCGUGGCCAAGAGCAAACGAUCCCCUGAGAAGAUUUUCCUUGUGAUGAAUCUUUUCGAGACCUUGUCGGAGCUGUGGCCCGAGACCGAAUCGAUCUUCUCCUACGAACCUCUCUCGCCUAUCAAACUUCAAGCUCUUUCCUCUAUGCACAAACUCAGUGACGCAGCCCAAACAAUCCUCUCCGAGUUCGUCUCAUCAAUCCAGAAAAACUCAUCCAAAACGCCGAUCCCCGGUGGUGGGAUUCACCCCUUGAACUGUUCGGUGAUGAACUACGUAUCAUUACUGGCAGACAACAGCGGAAUCCUCUCCGAUAUCCUCGCCGACGAGCCCGAAACCGUAGCCCGGUCCCCUUUCCCGGAGUCCUACUUCGACAGCCGGAGCCCAACCUCCCGCGUAGCCAGCCAACUCGCCUGGAUCAUCCUCGUGCUGCUCUGCAAGCUCGACAGCAAAGCCGAAAUCUACAGAGACAUCGGACUAUCUUACCUCUUCUUAGCGAACAAUCUCCAAUUCGUGGUCGAGAAAGUCAGCACCAGCGCGCUGAAACUUCUCCUCGGCCAAGACUGGCUAUCCAAACUCCAAACAAAAGUGAAACUCUACGCCGGAAACUACGAAUCGGUGGCUUGGGCUAAGGUACUCUCAUCUCUUCCGGUAGAGACCGAAGAAUCGGCCCACAAAAUCAAGGAGCAUUUCAAGCAAUUCAACUCAGCCUUCGAGGCGGAGUACCGCAAACAAAGCUCGUGGGUGGUUCCAGAUCCCAAACUCCGGGACGAGAUCAAAGUGUCGAUAGCAAGAAAACUGGUGCCGGCGUACCGGGAAUUCUACGACAGCAACUUGGCGAUACUGAGCGGGGAGAAAAACCUGGAAAUCUUGGUGAGAUUUUCGCCUGAUAAUUUGGGUAAUUACUUGUCGGACUUGUUCGACAGUGGUGUUGUGAUUUCCCGGGAUUCAUCUUUAUCAUCAUCAUCAUCGCAGUCCGGCUUGUCACGCUGUCUUUGAUCCUCUAAAUGUGCUAAAAUGACAUGCACAUCAUCUAUAUAGACUUCAACUCUUAUUAAUGUUGUAUGAAAGAGUUCAAAUUGUGGCUUUCAAAAUUAAUCUAUGGAAUAAAGACUUUCUUAUUU